CGAGGUUACUUCUGUGUUUUCAGAGCUGCAUUGUGCGCGGAUGGAGACGCGGAGAGGGAGGGAGCGCAGAGAGUAUCACUACGGCAGCGCAGAGCCACAGUCUCACAGCGCUGUCUGAGCGGAGGAGGACGCACUUAGCGCUCCUGUAAAAACCCGACUUGUCUGCUGGACAGCGGUGUACCACACACCGACACACACACACACACACACACACACCACAAGUCAAGGGCAUAUGUGAGCAGGGCGUGAGGAAAAUUUCAAGGCAUCUCCAUCCAGGAUUCAGGGAUUUUGAGCAAGUCAUGUCAUUUGUUUGGAAAGUAAAUAAACAAUGUACUCUGUUGGCCACAACUAAUUCACAAAGAUGAGUCACCGAGGGGAUGGUCGACAACGUUCAGUGGUUCCACGGUCUUCUCAGACGGGACAAAGUCCGGUAAGCUGCACGAUUCUCACCCACAGAGAGAUAAGCGUCUCUCGGUCACCUUCUGAAAUGGUGUCUUGUGGCGACGUGCGUGGCGCGCCAGAGAGCGUGUGAUUGAGUGACUGACCGAUAAUCUUUCUGAGAGAGAAAGAGAGGCUGGAUAGAAACAGCAGCCAGGCUUUCAGGCAGCGACAGCCAUACACUCAGAGAAGCCAUCUCGCCUCUCUCACAGCUCCUCAGACCCAUGCAGGAUGUCCGGAGAGCGCCCGGGAGUCCUGGUCCAGCUCAGCCCGAGUUCAUGACGCUCUGGGCGGCCUCGCCAUGCGUCUCUUGCCCGAGCCCAGCGCCCAGUCCCUCCGGCUCCUCUUCCUCUUUAUCUUCGUGAUGGGGGUGACUCCUUCCCCGGCUCUCACAGCCGGCUGCCCAGACAGAUGCGUUUGCGACGACCAGCUGGUGGUUCAGUGCGCUGGGCAGGAGCUCACCCUGUUCCCCAAUGACCUGCCCCUGGCAACCCGGCAGCUCAUCAUCUCCAACAACCGCAUCGGGGACCUUCCGGCGCUUCAGCUCAACUAUUUGUCCGAUCUGGUCUAUCUGGACUGCAGCAACAACUCUCUGACCGAAAUCUCCGAGUCUACCUUCGGGAAUUUGCGAAAGCUCGCUUACCUGGACUUGUCAUUCAACACUCUGCUGCAGAUCGAGGACCGGACUUUCGGGCCCCUGGCGUCUCUGGUGAUGCUCCGGCUGACGGAUAACCCGAGUCUGGGGGAGAUCCACCCGGACGCUUUCUCUGAGAACGUUGCUCUGCAGGUGCUGGAUGUGAGCCGGAACAACCUGACAGCCCUCAACAUCAGCAGCCUAAUCGCCCUGCCUGCUCUGCGGUCUCUGGGACUCAGCGGCAACCCCUGGAGCUGCGACUGUGACACGGAAGAUCUCUGCCUCUGGGUGCAGAUAGAGGGCUUCAAGUUCCAAGAUGAGGGCCAGACAGUUUGCCACAGUCCCCCAGAGCUGGCGGGCCAGCGGUUGGCAGAGGUCGGCAUGCAGCUACGUGCAGACUGCCACCAAGGCCUGGGCUACUGGGACUACCUCUUCUUCAUCGCCAUUGGCUUUGUCAUCUUCUCAGCCGGCACGGUGUCAGCCUGGGUGAUGGGGGUGCUCAUGGUGCUGUACGAGCGUUACAGCAAAAGGAAGAGCGAAGAGCUGGACAGCGACGACGAGGACAGUAGAGGAGGGGUUGGCGGAGGAGGAGGUGGAGGAGGGGGAAGCCAGGGGAACGGGGAUCUGAGCAAGCCCGGCAUGCAGGUGUGA